AUGACAGUAACGGUAGUAAUUAAAGAUGAUUAUAAUCAAGAUUUAAUAAUAGCAAUUCAAAAUGAUUUAAUAAACAAAUUAUUUGAAAUUUAUGAAAUAUCAAUUGACAAUAAUAAUAGUAAUAGUAAUAACCAUUUUAGAAAGUCAUUGGAUUCUUUGUCGACAACUACAAGCAAUAAUAAUAACAAUAACGAUUAUAAUUAUAAUCAUAUAGGUUAUGGAUUAUUAAAAUUAUUAGAAAAUAGAUUAAUCAAAGACAAUUUUUACAUUAAUAAGAUUAUUCUUGAUAGUGGUAGUAAUAAUAACAGAACUGAUAGUAAUAAUAAUAAUGCAGAUUAUUUUUUAAUUUUGAUUGUUAAUAAUAUCAAAAAAUUAUUAUAUUCAUUAAAUAAUAACAAUAAUAAUAGUGAUUUAGAUUUAUUAAUUAAAAAUAUUUCUAAUAAAUUAGAUUUAAUUUUUAUAAAUGAUAAUUUCAACAGUUAUAAUUCCAACGAUAGGUUUGCGGUAGAUGUUCCUUUCCACAAAGGAGUUGAGAACACAGGAAUUGAGUAUGAUUUUGUGAAAGCAAUGUGGGAAGGUCCUUUGCUUUUUGUUAAGAAUUUUGUGGAAUCAUGGCAACAGUUAGCAUUGGAUGUUGAAGAAUUUAAGUUGAUUAUGGUUAAGAUAUAG